AUGGUUGACGCGAAAUCCAAAACGUUCACAUUAGAUGAGAUUGCUGUGCAUAAUAGUGUGCAAUCGUCAUGGAUUGUUAUCGAUGAUAAGGUGUACGAUGUGACGAAAUUCAUUGAUCAACACCCGGGUGGCGAAGAGGUGAUUCUGGAGCAAUCGGGAAACGAUGCCACAGAAAGUUUCUACGAUGUUGGUCAUUCGAAUGACGCAAAAGAAAUGGCCGAAGAGUAUCUCAUUGGACAUGUGGAUCGAGGCAAACACUCCACCAGCGAAGCGCCGUCUGAAUCUCCAGCCGCCUCUGGAGAUCAUGCUUUAAGUCAUCACACUCAAGCCACUUGGUCUGACAUUAUAUUCAGUCCAACUUGGAGUAAUUUUCUGAUACCGACCGCAAUUUCAAUUUUAGUUUAUGUCUCUUACAGAGGUAUGAAGUCGAUAUUCAUUUAG